AGUUGCGCGAACACUAUUCAAAACUGCUCCAAGUUAAAUUUUGCUUUAAAAAUAGAUUAAGACCUCAAAAUUGUAACUUUAUGAAAUUAUCUAAGCUAUAAACAACACACUUCACUUGCCGGAUAAAACUUUCGCUUUUACUUCUACUAUAAUUACAAGAAUGCCGAUGGAAAACCUGAGCUUACAAGAAACCAGAGAGGAAUUCACCAAAAGGAUGCAGGAGUUCGAGGGACGACUACAGAAGGCAACCCUUUCGAGCCCCGGGGCAGCAAACAUCGCUUCUGACUUCGCUGUCUUUAAACAGAUGACACUGGAGAGUCUGCAGUCUUUGCAACACCAAGUUGACUUGCUGGCUAAGGAAGUUGAUUUGCAGGAAAUGCGUAGCCGACGGAAAAUUUUGUUGCUUCAUGGCGUCUCAGAGAGUGAUCAAGAGGACGUCGUCUCGUUGGUAUGUGGUGUUGUUGGUGAUCAAAUGAAAUUGGAGUUUUCAACGGAACAUAUUAGCCGGUGUCACAGGAUGGGACGUAUAACAACUAGUAAGAAAGCACGUCCACUUUUGGUGAAAUUUCGUGAUAUCAAUAUUCGCGACAGGAUCUGGUCCAAUAAAACAAAAUUGAAAGGCACCAAUAUUUCCUUAUCUGAGUUUUUGACAAAAACUAGGCAUGAUACAUUUAUAGCGGCCAGACAACGCUUUGGUGUCAGAAAGUGUUGGACGCGUGAUGGGUUCAUUCACGUCCUUGGAUCCGACGGAGUGCGGCACCGUAUCAGUAGCAUGACUGAACUGGGUAGGAUUGUGGUACCAGAACCCCAAAAACCAGUUCCAGUUGCGGCAAAAACAGAUAUCGGCGUCAGCAGAACGAAACGAGUUCAAGCAACCAGGAAAUAA